GUUCCCUCGAUUAAAAACUACUAUUCACUGGUGACGACAGGUCAGCUAGAUCGUGAAUUAGUAUCAGUAUACAACAUUACAAUCACUGCUACUGAUGAGGGCUCUCCACCUCUGUCUUCUUCUAAAACUGUAAAGUUAUCUGUAGCCGAUAUUAACGACAACCCACCAGUAUUUGAGGAACAGUCCUAUAAUGCAUAUAUUAAUGAAAAUAUCAAACCUGGCUCCACUUUAUGCUCCGUUUCUGCCCGAGACCCAGACUGGAGACAAAACGGUACAGUGAUUUAUUCUCUGUUACCUGCUGAGGUAAACGGUGCUUCUGUAUCAUCUUAUCUAUCUGUUAAUGGAGACACAGGGGUGAUCCAUGCUGUGAGGUCAUUUGAUUAUGAACAGUUCAGGAGUUUUAAAUUCCAAGUGAUGGCCAGAGACAAUGGUUCUCCUCCACUCAGCAGCAACGUGACUGUUAGUGUGUUCAUAUCGGAUGUGAAUGACAACUCUCCUCAGAUUCUGUACCCCAGCCUGGAGGGCAACUCCUUUAUGACUGAGCUGGUCCCUAAAGCUGCACAGGGACGCUCUCUGGUCUCCAAAGUCAUAGCGGUGGAUGCUGACUCUGGACAGAAUGCCUGGCUGUCCUAUCAUAUAGUCAAAGCCACUGAUCCUGGACUUUUCAGUAUUGAUCUGCACAGUGGAGAAAUCAGGACACAGCGGGACAUUUUAGAAUCUGACAGCAUGAAACAGAACCUGAUUGUUGCAGUGAUGGAUAAUGGACAGCCCUCUCUGUCUGCCACCUGUUCCAUGUAUUUACUUAUUUCUGAUAACUUGGCUGAGGUGCCAGAACUGAAAGAUAUUUCUUAUGAGAAAAAUUCUAAACUGACCUCUUACCUGAUUAUUGCGCUUGUUUCUGUAUCCACCUUCUUUCUGACCUUCAUUAUCAUCAUCCUUGGUGUGCGGUUUUGUCGGAGGAGAAAGCCAAGAUUGCUGUUUGAUGGAGCAGUGGCUAUCCCUGGAGCCUACCUCCCUCCUAAUUACGCAGAUGUUGACGGUACGGGAACUUUACGCAGCGCUUACAAUUAUGACACAUACCUGACAACAGGAUCUAGAACCAGUGACUUUAAGUUUGUAUCAUCCUACAAUGACAACACGCUUCCUGCUGACCAGACUCUGAAGAAAACUCCGUCGGACUUUGCUGAUAUGUUUGGAAUAUGUGAUGAUUCUCCUGAGGUAGGAACAUUUAUGAAGAAGUCAACUCCUCUUAUGUUGACUUUUGAGUAA